AUGUAAGAAAAUGAGUUUGCAAUUUCAAUUUGCGUUCCUUCCUUCAAAAAAAAUGAUGAUGUUGUAUACUACUAGUUAGUGUAAGAUAUUUAUAUUAAAUUAUAUAUAGAUUUACUCAAAAUAACUAAAGGCGUUCCUUUUCAGUCGAUUAUCGCUAUUCACAUCUAAAGAAAUUAUAUGAAUCAUUAUAAACUCUUAAAGGAAGUUUGCCGAAGUUUCCUCCGACUAAUUGGUGGAGAUCCACCAAUCAGAAUGAUGAAUUAAUAGAGGAGAGAAGAAUACAAUUAGAUUACUUCUUUAAAACUCUCCUCUUAUGCAAAGAUGUUCGUCAAAGUUUGAUUAUGAAAAACUUCAUUCUCAAAUCACAAUGUUUGCAUUUGAAAAAGAUCGAGAAAGUAUCUAGAAUGUAAUUUAAAUUAGGAAUAACUAAUUCUGACGAAAAAAGAAAGAGAAGCUGGAGCUACUCCUAAUAUGAGUUAGAAAAAAGCUAAAUCUCAAGUAAUUAGUUUUAUUAUAAAACUAUAGUUAACUACUCCUGUUUGUGGUCCUGCUGAAGAUCCAAUUGAAGAUCCCAGAGAGAGAGCACGCUCUUGGGAAUUCAAAUUCACUAAGAAGAAAUCUGAAUCCAUGUGUAUUAAAGAUAAUAAUUAAUUAAAUAAUGUAUAAUAUAUAUUUUUUUAAAUAUAGUUGACCUUCGGAGGAGUACCAAUAUUCAAAGGCAUUAUCCUUAGAUUAAAAUGA